CGGUGCGACUUAUACUCCGAAAAAUACGGUAAUGUCGCCAGGCCGACUCACUGGCAAAACAGGCUUAAAUAAUAGUCUCUGAUUAAAACAGGUGCGUGAGUCAAACACGUGAGACAGGUGAAACUAAUCAGUCGUCAUUGAAACUAAAACAAGGGAGCGCAAAAACAGGAACUAUGGAGUCUUAAACCGAACAGAAAAUAACCAAACAAAAUCCAGACCACAGAACAUGACACAUACUUUUAAUGUACCGUAAGAUUUUUUGUAAAAAUAAAGCCAAAAAAUCUAUUUUUUGUGGUCUCCUUUAUUUAGAAAAGUACCAAAAUGUAUCGAAGUAAUUUUGGUACUGGUACCGGUACCAAAAUAUUGGUAUCGGGACGACACUAGCUCAAACUGGUAAAGGUCCAAAGGAAAUAGGAAGAAGCAGAGCUUAUUUGAUCCUACCAUUGUCCCCCUAUAAGUAUCUGAAAAGUCACAGUGCUACAAUAGUUGUUUAUACUUUGUCAGCACCACUAUGCUUAUGCUGUAUUGCUUCAUGAACGGAUUAAACUUGCAUUUUUACAACUUGAAAGUGCAUUAAUUGAGUUCUGUUUGAGUAGAUGACUAAUACUACAGUAUGACUUGGCGAGUUUUACCAGGGCGUAUGCCUUCCUCAAGACAGAAAAUAAUGUCACACAGCAAUCCUGUUAGACAUGUUAUUUGCGAUCCACUGUGUCCAGUAAGGUUUGUUAUUCUUUGUAGAAGCCAUUUCAAUAGGUUGUUCUGACUUGCCACACCUCUGUUGUGUUACUAAGUCUGAGUACAUCUGGCUACUGCUUCAUAUUGCUCCCUGUUUCUUUGACUUCAACUGCUGACUCUGGUAAAAAUAUUACUUGGCAAUGUUUUUCUUUAGACUUCAAUUUCACGUGCUAAUUUAGUUGUGAUCUGUGAGUUUAUUAUGUCUGUUGUAAUAUGUUCACUAUAACUGAAACAUAACCGCCUCUAUUGUUUUUUCACAGGAAUGUAUUUUUUGUCCUGGAACUAAAUUUCCAAGAUUAUUCUUCACCAUGUCGAGGCAGCUAGCACAAUAUCACCCACAGGGGGCCUAUUUGGCUCUGAUGAGAGGUUUGAAUGAGGUGGACCUUUGUGGCCCUCCUGUGCCCUCUAACCUGAUUCUGACAGGAGACCAUGCCUUUCCUUUGGUUAUGAACAACCAAGGCCAAGUCUUGAUGGCGGCCUCUCAGUAUGGCUCCGGAAGGAUUGUGGUCCUGGGUCAUGAGGCCUACCUGACGACAGUCGCUGCUCUCGUAGAAAAUGCACUGACCUGGCUGAGAGGAGACAGAUCAGAGAACCUGUCAGUGGACGUCCACACAAGCGUUAAAGCAGUGGUUGAUUAUCUCAGCAGAUCCAGUUUCCAAACCAGAGUUGUGGGGGCAUUCCAAAAGAAUACAAAUGCCGGUGUGUAUGUAACAGAUGCCUACAGCCUUGGUACAGAUGUAAAGGACCUGGUGGCUUUCCUGAAAAAUGGUGGGGGAGUGUUGAUCGGAGGGCAAGCGUGGAAUUGGGCUGCAAAUCACCCAAAGGAAAACACUCUGUUUCAGUUUGAAGGGAAUAAACUUUCUGGUGUGGCCGGGAUUUACUUUUCUGAACAUCAGGGGGAGGCUGAAUGUCUGCCUGUACACCCUCAGAUUCCAUCUUCCUGGAUGGGCGUCGUUGUUGGUAAGGAUUUUGAGGAAGACCUGGAGUUCUUGCUAAAUGGGAUAUCCCAGUUUGACAUCACUGGUAAUGCGCUUGCUUCUGAGAUUCUUGUUCAUGGCCAGCUUGCCUUCCCUGUGGCAAUGGCAGACGAUGGACGGACAUUUUUGGCCGCCUCCUAUUAUGGACUGGGGCGCGUCAUUGUCGUGAGCCACCAAGGGUAUCUGCAAAGAGAGGCGUUUGCUCCAUUUUGGAACAACGCAAUUCACUGGUUGACCAAUGACCGACAUGGCACUAUUGGUAUCGAGAAACAAGACGUCUUUAAACAUUUCAAGAAAUCUGGCUUUAAGUGUGAGAAGACAGACUUCCGGAAAGACCUGAGUGUGUUUGUGGGCUCAGUAAACAAUGACAAACAUGCAGAGGAGAUCCACGACUUUGUAGCAGAGGGGGGAGGCCUGUUGAUUGGUGGCCAUGCCUGGUACUGGGCCCAAAAACACAAAGACCAAAACGAAUUUACAGAGUUCCCAGGAAACAAAAUCCUCAACACAAUGGGCCUGAGCUUGUUGAGUGCAACUAUUAAGGGAGGUGUCUUCAAGGCCCCUGUGCCCAGCAAGACCGUCAAAGACACCUACCACUUCCGCCACCUUCUGCAGCGCUUUGCUGCUCAUGUAACUCAGGGAGAGAAUCUUACUCAGCAUGAGGAGCAGUGCCUUAAAAGGCUUGGAAAUGACUGUGCGACCUUCUUAAAGAUGAAUGCCCACCACUGCUGCCCAUACAAUCAGGUCCUGUCCACCCUCACAAAUGUCCUGAAAAGAUCAGGCAUGCCUCAGGUAUGUGACAGCUGCCCAGUGAAGUCUCCCAAAGACCACCUCCUUCUCAGUGUGGGAGCAGAGGUAUACAAGGUUAGCCCCAAUCCUGACAGUCUGAUGCCUUACCUAAUCAAGCAGAAUCCCCAGUUACCUGUUGUCUACGACUACACGAUUCCAUUGAACGUCAACACAGCAGAAAAGGAUGAGUGGAUCAGUACAGGUCUCUACCUGUCUCCCGGCAUGAAGACCUACAUGGCGUUACCUGCACAGAUUGUCAACAAGGGAUGGAAGGUCCAAAUUGGUUGUCAAACAGACCAUCUUAAGCAUGAAAACUUGAAGAGGGCACCUAAAGUUCAUGAGCGAUUUCCCAUUAACACAGAGAUGUUGCUGGUGUGGAACUUAUGGGGGGGUCUGGUCUAUUUGGUGGCCCCACCAAAAACCCAAAUGAGAGGCCUAGAGGUCAAAGUGCAGAUAGCUGUGCCAGCACCUUAUUAUAAAUCUGGUGCCACAACACCAGCCGAUUGGUCUUUGCGGCGCACAGCUCCUGCCCCCUGGGCCGAGUUGGAGUUUGAGAACAUUAUCCUCACUGUACCGUCAGAUGUCGUACGGACGUUAGAUCAGCCAGAUUUGUUGGCGGCGUUCUGGGACACCAUCAUGAGAAGCAUUGCUGAUCUGGCUGCAAAACCACACACAUAUGCCCGUAAAGAACGCUUUGUCGCAGAUGUGCAGAUUUCUCAUGGGUGGAUGCAUUCAGGAUACCCAGUUAUGAUGCACAAGUCCGGGGCAGCUAAUCUGGUCAAUAUUGAGCAUUCCAAGAGCAAAGGUAUGUGGGGGUCAAUUCACGAGCUUGGACACAAUCAGCAGAGAGGAUGCUGGGAGUUCCGACCACACACCACAGAGUGCACAUGCAACCUUUGGUCAGUGUAUGUGCAUGAAAUGGUGUUAGGGAUCAACAGGGAAAAGGCUCACAGUGCAAUCACUCCAGAGAAAAGAAAGAGUCGAUUGCAGGACUUUGUAAAAGAGGGCAAGCCACUAGGCAAGUGGGAGAUGUGGGUGGCUCUGGAAACAUACUUACAGCUCCAGGAAAGAUUUGGUUGGGAUGCUUUCAAGAGCGUGUUUGCUGCUUACCACACCAUAAGCAACAUUCCAAAGGACAACAAUGGAAAGAUGAACCUCUAUGCCGAGACCUUCUCGCAGACGGUGAAAAUGAACCUCUCUGGGUUCUUUAAGGCCUGGAGCUGGCCUAUAGAGAGAGCUACUGAGGAGAAACUAUCCAAACUUCCUGCCUGGACUGACCACCCCAUGGUCAAGCAUGGCUAAACGUUUGACUGGUGUUGAUUUGAGUGCGGGAAUCUGUUAGAAUCGCUGCUUCGACUUCAUUUGUUUUAUCAUUCUGACAUGGUUAACAUAUUUUAAACUACUCUUUGAAAGGUGUCCCUCCCAAACAGGUUCUCAUAGAUGUAAGUUUUCCUUUUAUAUGGGUAAAACAAUGACUUACAGUAUAUAUUAAUGACAUAAAUAAUAACAAUCACAGCAAUGAUUUUACUGAGCUACAACCAUGUGGCGCUAAUAACAGCCAUUAAAAAGGAAACAAUAAAUAUUUACACACAAAAUAAA